AUGAGUGCCCUCCAUGUGGACAGUGUUCCCAGUGUGCCAGAGGUCACCACCAGCUAUGUCCACGGCACUUCCUCCAGAUCUUUGCUGUCCCAAACCAUUGGCCAAACCCUGCAGAACACUGCAGAGCGCUGGCCUGACCGUGAGGCUGUGGUCUUCCUGCAGGACGGCAUCCGCAAGAUGUUCGCACAGUUCCAACAAGAAGUGGACCAGGCGGCUGCUGGGCUCCUUGCUCUGGGGCUAAAGAGGGGGGACCGGCUCGGGAUGUGGGGGCCGAACAUCUACGAGUGGAUCCUGGUCCAGUUCGCCACAGCCAAGGCCGGCAUCCUACUGGUGUCUGUGAACCCAGCCUAUCAGCUUCAGGAGCUGGAGUUUGCCCUGAGGAAGGUGCAGUGCAAAGCGAUCGUGUGUCCCACAAAGUUUAAGACCCAGAACUACUGUGACAUGCUGAGGCAGCUCUGCCCUGAGGUAGAGACAGCCACGCCUGGAGGCCUCAAGAGUGCCAGACUGCCAGACCUGCGCAUGGUGAUUGUGACAGACAGCCGGCAAACUGGAAUGUUCCACAUGGACGAUGUGAUGCAGGCAGCAGACAGCCACCAUCGGCAGGAACUGGAUAGUCUGCAGAAGAAACUAUCCUUCGAUGACCCCAUUAACAUCCUGUUCACAUCGGGCACCACAGGUAGUCCAAAAGGUACUACUCUUUCCCACCACAACCUCGUCAAUAAUGCCUACUUCAUAGGGAUGCGUAUUGGCUAUGCCUGGAGGCCACAGGUGCGUGCUUGUGUACCCGUACCCCUGUAUCACUGCUUCGGCUCGGUGGUAGGAGCACUAAACAUGGCCCAGCAUGGCAUCACCCUCGUUUUCCCCUCAACUGCUUAUGACGGCCGAGCCAACCUGGAGGCCAUCCAGAAAGAGAGGUGCACCAUUUUCUAUGGCACGCCCACCAUGUACAUCGACAUGCUGGGGCAACCAGAACUGAACAAGUAUGACCUGUCCUCUCUAGAAGCAGGAUUAAUAGGUGGCUCUCCCUGUCUACCUGAGGUCAUGAAAAAGGUCAUGACUACCAUGAAUAUGAAGGAGGUGGUGAUCGGGUACGGCACCACAGAGAACAGCCCUCUCACAUUUUUGGGGUACCCACUGGACAACCUGGAGAAAAAGACAAAGACUGUAGGUUGUAUCAUGAACCAUACUGAGGCGAAGGUGGUGGACCCCAGUACUGGGCAUAUUGUGCCCCUGGGGACAUCAGGAGAGCUGAUGAUCCGGGGAUAUUGUGUGAUGCAGGAGUAUUGGAACGAUCCUGACAAAACACUGGAGUGCAUCUCCAAGGACCGCUGGUACAAGACCGGUGACAUCGCAAGGCUAGACAAGUAUGGAUACUGCCGAAUCGAGGGCAGGAUCAAAGACAUGAUCAUCCGAGGAGGAGAAAACAUCUAUCCUGCCGAAAUCGAGCAGUUCCUUCACACCUACCCCAAAGUGCAUGAUGUGCAGAUGGUUGGGGUGCGGGAUGAGAGGAUGGGGGAGGAGUUAUGUGCCUGCAUUAAGCUGAAGGAGGGACAGGACUGCACUGCUGAGGAAAUCAAAGCCUACUGCAAGGGCCAGAUCGCUCAUUUCAAAAUCCCACGCUAUGUGACAUUUGUGCAGGACUACCCGCUCACUAUCAGUGGAAAGGUCCAGAAGCACAAGCUGCGUGCAGAGAUGGAGAAGAGCCUGGGAGUAUGAUGGGCCAGUUUGAGUGUGUGGCUGUGUCUCAAGCAGAAGGCACCAUUUUCAGUAUUUUCACAAUUUUACACACUUGUCCUUCGUAGGCGUGUCCCAAACUGAAAUCAUCAAAAAAAAAUCCUUCUUAGGUGCCUUAUUCUGGUUAUAUUUGAAGGCAGCAUCGAUGAGUAUUCUUCAAGAAAUUGGAUGUCCCAUAGGUCUUUGCCAUAAGCUCAGGUUUCACAAUUAUUAGCACCUCUGAUUUUAUACUUUGUGCAACCUACACCUGGCAAAGAUGACAGCUAUGAGUCUUUUCUUUUCCUGUAAUUUGAGAUAAGUUAUAGAAUACAUUUGGAGGGAUUUGACCAUUCCUCCAUGUAGAACCUUUCAUUGGGCCUCAUGCAAAAAUAUUUUAGUAUUAUCAUAUAUUUCUCUUACUUUUUUUCCAUACGGGCAGCUCAUACCAGUGUGCCACAUCAGAUUGAACACAGACACUCUUGUAACUUCAGACAACUGUCCAAAAUGCUGAUGAAAACGAUGCCCACAUCUUCGUAAAUGAGCCUUUUACAUGCCAUAUAAGGUGUCCCAUUUGUCUGGAUGUCAUAAAAAUGGCAUCUCAGAAUAAGAAAAAUAACUUUACGAGUUCUGACAUUGAAACGCCUUGCCCUUCUCUGAUUUUCUGACAAGGUCAGUGACAUUUAUGAAUUUAUAGCCUGGAGAUUCAGAAUUUCUGUUUUGUUUGGUCUAUUAUACAUCAGAUUCUUUCGACAUGCAUCAAACUAAAUCAAUGCAUCUUUUACAAACAAAGUCAGGUUUUAACAUGAAACAGGCAAUGAAAAGAUUCUUUUGACAAAAUUUACAGGGCAAGAAGCCAUCAGCCUAGAAACAGCCUGAUACUACAGGGGACUACACGGCCCUUGUGGAUGAUAUCAGACAUCUUACAAUAGGAAACUGGGAAAAAGAUGGGACCAGAAACUUGUGGAUCUGCACUC